CGUUAGCGACCUUAUCUCUGAAUCCCACUCUCAUCCUUCUUCUUUGCCCCAAAACAUGGCGUCCACUCGGCUCAAACUCCAUUCCCAAUCCUUCAAAACCAUAAACUCAUCUUCUCAAUCAUCUCCCCACGAAACCCUAAUUUUACAUCUUCCCUUCUCCGAAUCCUUCUCCCACAAUUCCCGCCUCCAAAUCUCUUCAGUCCCUUCGAAUCUUCACAGGAAACCCACAACCCGUUUUCUCCCACUCUGUUUCUCUGUUCCUUCUGUCUCUUCGCCUCCCACAUCGAAGGAAGAAGCCAUUCUUCAAGCCAGAACCUGUCUCACUUCUUGUCUCCUCAAAUCCAUCAACAACCCCAAACUCGCAUCUGCGAAACUGAAGAAGCUGAAACAGCCGAGAUUCCGUGUCGAAAUCCCUCUUGUCGACGAAGACUCUCCUUCUUCGUUGUCUAAACUCGCUUCUUCGAUCUUCGAUGACUUACCCAUCUCGAGAAAAGGCUCCAAAUCCAAGAUCAUCAUCCUUUGGCCGGACUCUUCAUUCGCUGAAGCCGCUGCUGGAGAGUUUCGCUCCUACAGUAUCCAGAACACCGGCAUAGACUCCGUUUUAGACACCGGAAAAAACAGGCCAGCUCUGAACUCUGCUGACGUUGCGGUGUUCAUGGCGCCGGAGAUAUCAAAGAUCGAGGAGGUGGAAACAGUGGCGGAAGUUUUUUACCCGAAGCCGGUGCUGAUGAUGAAUCCGAGAUGGGUUUUCGACGAAGAGAAGACAUUAGGCGAAGAAUUUAGCAGGUUCGUGGGUUCGUUCGAAGUGAUUUACGCGUUUACAGGUCUUGAAGUGAGAGGAGUGUUGAGCAAGAGAAGGGGAGUGAUCUUCAAGUUCGUGAGAGAUGGUGUUUUGAGCGGAGAGAGAUGGAGUGUUCUCGUGGAAGAAGAAGAAAAAGACAAAGCGCUCAAGCUGGUUUCGAGCUUCAAAGCUCGACCAUCAAUGGAGGAAGUUGAGACCGUACUGUACAAUUUGAUGGCGAUGAAUUCUCCGAUCACGAAGUCAGCGAGGUUCCUCAGGGAUUUGGUUUCGAACAUCACGGGAAAAAAGUAAAUUGAUUCCAGUUUUGUUCCGGUUGUCGGAAAAAACGAAAUCGAGAUUAAUUUGAUUCAGUUGGGGACCGGUUUUGAUUUGGAGUUUUUUCAUCGAUGUUGUUCUGGAUCCAGGAAAAAAAAUAAGGUUGACUACAUUUGAUUCGGUUUCGGAUU